CGGGUCACCAGGCAUCAGGUCAUUUGGCUCGACCGCGGGCACCGCGUCAUCUGGCAAGGCAGUGGGCUCCGAGUCAACUGGUAUGACCGCGGGCACUGGGUCAGACAUUGGAUCGUCUGACUGGACAGCGGGCAUCGGGUCACCAGGCAUCAGGUCAUUUGGCUCGACAGCGGGCACCGCGUCAUCUGGCAAGGCAGUGGUCUCCGAGUCAACAGGCACGACAGUGGGCACCGGGUCAUCAGGUACCGGAUUGUCUGGCUCGACAGCGGGCAUCGGGUCAUCAGGCAUCAGGUCAUUUGGCUUGCCAGCGGGCACCGCAUCAUCUGGCAAGGCAGUGGGCACCGAGUCACCAGGUACGACAGCGGGCUCUGAGUCAAUUGGCACGACAGCGGGCACCGGAUCAGGUACCGGAUCAUCUGGAUCAACAGCGGGCAUAGAGUCAACUGGC